CAGGUAGCUUUGCUGUAACCGAAUCUGGGCGUUCGUCCCACCUCAUGGUGGCUGCCACUGCACUACUACAAAGCUUGUCUACCAUGUCACGGGAGCGAGGUCGAUCCCAGAACGAUUAUAAUAUGAUAUUAUCCUCGCCUCGAGCCUGGAGCCGUCGACCCAGUUCUUGCUCUCCCUCAUACGUGCUGGAGGCUGUUCACACACCAAUCGUUGAUCGCGAACCGCCGACAACAUGACCCUCCUUCAAAGAAUCGUCAAGAAUGAUUCUAUGAAAGAAGACCCUCCAGAAAUCUACGGAUGGAGGAUCUUUGUUCUGGCAUUGUCCGCAUGCUUUGGCGGCAUGCUCUUCGGUAUGGACAUUGGAACUAUCGGUGGUGUCCUGACGCUACCAGCAUUUGAAGCGAAGUAUGGCCUUGACACACUGAGCAAAACAGCUAAAGCCGAUCUCGCGUCCAACAUUGCUUCGACGCUCCAAGCUGGCUGUUUCUUUGGAUGCCUGGUUGCAUUCUGGACGUGCGACAAAUACGGUCGACGUUGGACCCUCCUGGCAUCUGGAAUUAUUACCUGUGCCGGUGUUGUUAUGCAGGCAUGUGGCUUCGGCCACAUUGCAGUCAUGUAUAUUGGCCGCUUGAUCGCUGGGUUUGGCGUGGGUGCCGCAUCUAUGGCUGUCCCUCUCUACAUCUCAGAAAAUGCUCCACGGGCGAUCCGUGGCGGUCUGACUGGUAUUUACCAGCUUUUCAUUGCGACUGGAACCAUGUUGGCCUUCUGGGUGAAUUAUGGAUGCAUCUUGCAUAUGACAGGAAGUGCUACCUACAUCGCACCUCUUACUAUCCAGGCCCUGCCAGCUGUCCUACUGAUCGUUACUAUGUUCUUGAACAAGGAAUCGCCCCGUUGGCUAGCAAAGGCUGAUCGCUGGGAUGAGGCUUGCAAAGUUCUCGCCCGAGUUCGACAUUUGCCUACGACACAUCCAUACAUCCAAAACGAAUUGGCAGACAUACAGGCUCAGCUUGACCACGAACGUAUGCUUAUUGGUGGUGCAUCUGUCAUGGAUCUUCUGAGGGAGAUGUGGACAAUUCCUGGGAAUCGAAAGCGUGCUAUCAUAUCGAUUGUUCUGAUGAUAUGCCAACAAAUGACCGGAACAAAUGCGAUUAAUUACUAUGCCCCUCAGAUCUUCAAACAGCUUGGAAUCGUAGGUGUGAAAACUGGUCUCUUCGCUACUGGAAUCUAUGGUGUCGUCAAGAUGACAACUUGUGCCGCGUUUCUCCUCUUUGCUGCCGACUCUCUCGGCCGCCGAAAAUCGCUCCUCUGGACAUCCAUUGCGCAAGGCACGGCCAUGUUCUAUAUCGCGCUAUACCUCCGCAUUUCGAAUCAGGUCGAAGGAGAAUCCGUACCACCUGCUGGAUAUGUUGCACUCGUUUGCGUCUUCCUCUUUGCUGCCUUUUUCCAGUUUGGCUGGGGCCCGGUAUGUUGGAUCUACGUGUCAGAAAUACCUGCUGCGCGACUAAGAUCGCUGAAUGUCGCAAUUGCUGCGGCAACACAAUGGCUGUUCAAUUUCGUCGUUGGGCGCGCGACGCUGACCAUGAUGGCGACUGUGGGGAAGAACGGAUAUGGUACAUUCUUCAUCUAUGGCUCAUUCUGUUUCUCCAUGUUUGUCUUUGUGUGGUUUUUUAUUCCUGAGACGAAGGGUCUCGCGCUUGAAAGGAUGGACGAUCUUUUCGGUGUGACCGAAUUGGUUAAGAACGUGGAAGCUGACGCUGCUGCCCGGGGUGUCGAUCCGCAUGACCUUUCACUCAAUGAGAAGCUCGGAGCAACGAAGCAUGCCGAGCGUGUCGAGGUUGUGCCCGCUAGGGGCGAGGAGAGGGCUUGAGCAGUUGACGUGUUUCAUGUUACCAAUCUAUGUGUUGGAAGGUUUGAGAAUCCGAUACUGUCAUUUCAUAGAUCAUAGCGAUCGUCUUGAAAACUCCGACCUUUAGCUGUAGCAAGCUGCAAGCAUCGUGAACAGCUUGAUACCAUGUGUGAUCUGAAUCAUAUCAAACACUCGUAUCAUGGGCUACUCAACAUUUACACAAGAAAUAUUGUUGUGUAGGAGAAUAAUUUCGUCUUAGCUAUAAAUCUCCAGAGGAUACAGACUUUUAGAGCUGUUGCAUGUUCACAAUGCGGUGUGAUAUGUGAGGACGAAAAUGAGGCCCGUGCGUUCCGGUUUCUAGCAAGUGGUUACGUU